AUGAAAAGUAGCACCUUUGAAGUAGUAGGUCUCUGUGUGGCUUUAAUUGCAGCCAUUGCAGCCACACAUGCGCGCUCAGAGCGCCGGAAACGCCAGAAGUUCGCGCUACAGCAGCCGCUUGUGACCACUAAAAGCGAGCUCGAGCUGGUCAAGGAUAUUGUGUACAUCAACAACUCGACUGAGCUCGAUGCCAGUUUCUUCCCUGGACGCUCUAGACAGCUACUGAAUGAAGAAGGCAACCAGAUUCUCGUCGUAGGCGUAUGCGGCGGUUCAGGAUCGGGCAAGACGACACUCUCGCGUGCUAUAAUGGCAGAGUUUGGUGCCGAUCGCGUGUCGUAUCUCUCACAUGACUAUUAUUACAAAGACUUAGCUCAUCUUACAAUGGAACAGCGUGCCAAGCAUAAUUUUGACCACCCAGACGCACUCGAGACGAAUCUUAUGGUCAAACAUCUGAGACAGCUGCGUGCGGGUAAGACCGUGGAUGUACCUGUCUAUGAUUUCAGUACGCAUUCACGCUGCAAAUCUACAACUCUUAUGAAGCCUAAUAGCGUCAUCUUGGUAGAAGGGAUUUUAAUUUUUGCUGACCAGGCGCUUGCCGACCUCAUGGAUAUAAAGAUCUUUGUCGAGACAGCUGCGGACAUUCGUCUCGUGCGACGCAUGCACCGUGACAUGGAGGAGCGUGGUCGCACGGCUGAGUCAGUUAUGGAUCAGUACAUGAAGACUGUGCGCCCCAUGCAUAUGAUGUUUGUGGAGCAAUCGAAGCGCGUGGCGGACAUUAUUAUCCCGCACGGUGUCAACUCGGUGGCGCUCGACAUGAUCAUUUCCAAACUCCACAGCUUUACUGCGGGAUACAGCGCAACAGGCAGCAGCAGGUCUGGUAGCGAAAGCUUUGACUUUAUCGGCGAAGAAAAGGAAGCGAUCACUGUUUGA